GCUAGGGGGACGGUUAGUCGACAGGAGGUCAUGGUGGUCGCUUUGGGCGGAGUGGCACCUGUGGUAAACUGUGAACUUGGAUAAAAUAACGUGAACGGCAGUAAACUGAACUAAGAUGCCAUGAGCUUUGGCUAACAUGUCUAAUAAAAGGUCAUCAGUCAUGCUGCUGGACAUGUUUGGAAGUCGAGGGCGAAAGAAGCCGUCCAAGGCGGGCGGUGGCCAGCCUUAUCCAACACAACCGAGGCCGACGUCAGAGAAUUACUCUGCCGAGCCUGCAGUAGAAGUGUAUGUGAACAGCCUCAAUGAAGAGGAAGUGAAUCGGGAGUUUGAACGAAUGCUGGAUGACAUGAACCUGACCGAUGAGAAGCGGGAGCCACUGCUGAAUCGAACCCUUAUGGAGAAGCGGGAGAUGUUGUCGAUGCAUUUAAAGGGCACGGCGGCUGGUGGCAAAAGGAGUAGCAGAUAUGAGUCUGCAAUGGAUUACGUUAACUUCCUCAGCAGCGAAGGCACAUCUGCUGACAAGCUCUUCCGAGGUAUUGAAUCGCUGCGCAUAGCCCUCACAAACAACCCUGUCAGUUGGCUAAAGGACUUUCUACAGGAAGGCAUGGACAAACUGCUGAAGAUUCUUCAAAAGUGUAAACUGUGCUCCAGAGACAAUCGGUAUGAACGAAUAGAGCAUGAAGUCAUUCGGUGCGUUCGUGCUCUUAUGAACAACACGCCCGGUCUGAAAUACGUCUACGAGCAUGAAACUGCCCUCACCAUUGUGUCGGCCAGCAUGGAUGUCACUAAGCCUCACAUCAUGGUGGACGUAGUGAAGCUCCUUGCUGCUGUUUCUAUAGUUCCACCUAACGGGCAUGAGAAAGUACUGAAAGCAAUCACCGAAUGCGCUGAGAUAGAAGAGCGCGAAAGGUUUGCCCCCAUUGUGGCUGGCCUGGCAUGCACGGACAACGAUUCUCUUAGAGUAGCAUGUAUACAGCUUAUUAAUGCCCUAGUCUCAGGAACAGAAGACUUCGAUUUUAGGUUGCAUCUUCGAAACGAGUUUAUGCGCACUGGUAUGAUGGACAUUUACGAGAAUCUUAUGAACGAAAUCAUCGAAAGCCCCGAGCUCUCCCUCCAGCUCAAUAUCUUCAAGGAGACAAAGGAUUUUGAUUUUGAGGAGCUUUCACAGAGAUGUGAAAACAUCACUCAAGAGUGGAAUGAUGUCACUGAGUGCUUUCAGCUGUUGAAGAGCUCAGUGGCCGGCACGCCGUGUGAAAUGUCCUUCCUGUCAAUACUGCAGCACCUGCUGUGCAUACGUGACGAUGUCAUUGUCAAACCUGCAUACUUCAAGCUCAUUGAAGGUUGUAUAUCUCAAAUUGUUCUGCACAAGAAUGGCUACGACCCAGACUUCAGGCGGUUUGCACGAUUCCCAGUGGACAUUGACACUCUAAUGGAGCACAUCAUUCAGAGUUCGAGAAGUGAAGAACAAGAGAACGUGGAGCAGUUGCAGAAGAAGCUAGAAGAAGCGCUCACGCAAAAACAGGAGUAUGAGGCUAGGUUGGCCAACUAUGAAGCUCGUCUUCGAGAUGGACAAGGCUUCCAGAGCCCCAAUAGUGCCAAACUGAACGUGCCCCCUGGUCUGCUGUCCGGAGGUGGGGCACCCCCACCUCCGCCUCCUCCACCUCCACCAUUGCCAGGAGGUGGGGGCAUACCUCCUCCACCUCCGCUUCCUCCUGGUUCUGGCAUCCCACCACCUCCCCCGUUGCCUGGCAUGGGUGGGCCCCCACCGCCCCCUCCCUUACCAGGGAUGGGGCCACCCCCACCUCCACCAAUGCCUGGGAUGGGGGGACCCCCACCCCCUCCCCCGCCACCAGGCCUGAGCGCCAUGCUGGGCCAGAUGCCCAAUGGGGGACUUCCCAUGUCGCCGAUCCAGCCUGAAUCCCUACCACACGGCAUGAAGCCCAAGAAGAAGUACACCGUCGGUACCACUCUCAAAAGGGCCAACUGGAAAAAGGUCAUGCCCCAGAAGGUGUCGGAAAAGGCAUUUUGGGUCAAGGUGCGGGAGGAUGAACUCGAAAGCGAGGACAUCUUUGAAGGAUUGGUCUCCAAAUUCUCGUCAGAGCCACCCAUGAAAAAGGACAAGACGGAAGAGAAAGUGAAUGUGAAAAAGACAAAAGAACUCAAGGUUCUUGAUGGAAAGGCGGCUCAAAAUUUGAUGAUAUUACAAGGCUCACUAAAGAUGUCGGCAGCCACGAUACGUGACUACAUUCUGGAGGUUAACGAGGAACACCUGACGGAAGCCAUGUUGCAGCAGCUCAUCAAGAACAUGCCAGAGGCUGACCAGCUCAAGAAGCUCUGUGAGCUCAAAGACAACCUCAGCGAUUUGGCUGAGGCUGAGCAGUUUGCCAUCACGAUUGGGAGCAUCAAGAGGAUUCAUUCGAGGCUUGAGUCUAUCAGCUUCAAGCUUCGAUUCGCAGAAAUGGUGCAGGACCUAAAACCCAGCAUUGUGGCAGCCACUGAAGCAUGCGAGGAGAUCAAGUCGAGCCAGAAAUUCGCGAAAGUGUUGCAACUCGUCCUGCUGCUUGGCAAUUAUAUGAACACCGGUUCCAGAAAUGCGCAGGCCAUUGGUUUCGACAUCAGCUUUUUGCCCAAGCUUUCAGGAACGAAAUCGCACGACCAGAAGACAACCCUGCUCCACUUUCUGGCCGAGACAAUAGAGAAGAAGUUCCCCGACGUGUUGUCCUUCGGCGACGAGCUUAGCUAUGCAGAGAAAGCAGCACGGGUUUCUCCUGAUCAGUUGGAGAAAAACCUUGCGCAGAUGAAGAAGUGCAUUGCUCAGUUGGGCACCGACCUUAAGACAUUCAAGUCCCAGGGUCCCAAUGAUCGGUUCGCUGAAGUCAUGAGUGACUUUUACGACCAAGCCUUACAAGAGCACGAGCUGCUGUCGGGCAUGUUUGCGAAGAUGAAGAAACUGUACGAGGCCUUGGCGGAGUUCUACGUCUUCGAGUCCAAAAAGUACACUCUGGAUGAGUUCUUCACCGAUAUCAAAUCCUUCAAGGAGCAGUUCUCGGCAGCACAUGCAGAGAACGUCCGGUUGCGAGAGCUGGAAGAGAAGCGGCAACGGGACAAGGAGGCGCGCGAGAAGGCUGAGAAGGAGAAACAAGAGAGGAUGGCCAAGAAGAAGCAGCUGGUCGACAUCAGCUCUGGUCAAGAUCAAGAAGGUGUCAUGGACAGCCUCUUGGAAGCAUUGAAAACGGGCUCUGCCUUUUCACAUAAGCAGAGACGACGGCCACCAAGGGGCGGAAAUGCAUCGAACAAGGCUCAGUUGACGAGGAGUCGCUCCCGAGGCGGAGCAGCCAUGUUUGGUGACGCCAACUAUCUCGAAUGUCGGACAAUAACGCAGCAGAGCUGACAGGAACUGCUGUGCUCCUGACUUCUUCUGGUGGCCAUCUUCGAGAGUUGUUUUUACCCGUGUUUUCUGUUUCACAUGACUUUAACGCGUUGUGAAUGUGCCGACGGGAAAGGGUUCCCUUGGACGUGUCUGGGAAAACGCACAGUGCUGUUGACCCCGCAGGAAUAACACGCUUUAUUUGCCUCUCUUCUUGUAUCGCUAGUUUUGUACCUAUUACUUUUCUUUCCCUCUCCGGCUUUGUAUGAGACAUCUUGUUUGUUGCUUCACGUCGAUGAAUCUGUGCUUGAAAUUUGAGAACAAAAAAAAAACCUAAAGGAGGAAUAUAUGAAGCUAAGUGUUCUUGUUCCUUUUUUGUAGCGUUGAACAAGGCCCGAAAGAAGGAACCCUGAAUGUACUCGCACAUUUUUUUUUUCUUCACAAUUUGCAAGUGUAUGUGUCAUAUCAAAAUAUGCCUUGUAACAGAGUGUAGCCUCACGAGUCUAAUCAUUCACAUUAGUUUUCAUGCAAUAUAGGUUCAGAAGAAUAUGAAGUCUUAUCACAACAGUUCAUAAGUUCACAUUCAUAGUCGGCAUUACUGAUUUUAUACAGGGCUUUACAAGGAAAACCUGCUUGUGAAUUAUAUACUGUAAAUUAUUCCACUUUAUACGAGGAGGGCUGUGCUCCUGCGGCAAACAUUCCAAGAUGCCAGGUCAUGGAGAGGACAGCAUGAGGAUUUUUUCUGGCGUAGUAUAAGCUUAUGGGGAAGAAAAAACAAGUUACUUAGUAAUUAGUCUAUGACUGUGUGCUAAAAUUUGCCGUUAAGAAAUGUAGCUGAGUCGAUGAACGGCAAAUAAAUACCAGCAUUGACUUCGUAAUGUCUUGCGCAUAGCAUGCAGGCACUUUUAGCGCUGGAACAGAAGCAUCUGUUACGGUUAAAAAAAUAUGAGAGGAGGGGAGGGGGAUAAGGCCUGGAUUCAUUUUGAAAUGUGGCCGCUUCUGUGUCAUAAGAACUUUUUAGAUAGUUUUGCGAUCCAGACUGCGGGUUAGCGACGACGGUUACUGGUGGUUUCUGAUAUGCAGCAUGGCUCCUUGCGAUCUGCAUUAUUGUAUGGAAAAACCUUUAGUGAAUGCGGCAAUGUUAAGCAAAUUUUUCAACUGGCAUGUAGUUAUAUUGUGCAGUUAAGGUCGUAUUGGCAUUAAAAAUACAGAGUAGGCCAAUUAUUACAGUUCUAUUUCACUUUCUGUCUAUGUUAUUUAACUGCAACAUUCAACUCCACCUGUGCAAUUUAUAACUUCGAUGUCCAGGCUUAAGCUGCAUUGCUGGCAGAAAGUAACAAUCCUUUUUUUUUCUACUUUCAGGCCAUGCAUUUGCACUCUUCGUGAUUUACUUUUUGUCGUUAUGCUCUGAGCCCUGCAAACACUGAAAAACAAAAAAAAAGGCCUCAGAGUAAUGCAAAGAGGUUAGUCUUGGAGAAGAAGGUGUGUAGCAUACAAGUUAAAUCUUGCGAGACAUUGGUGGCCUCUGCUUCAGAAAUCUACUGCUCUUGCAAAAUGUACUGGUAGUAACUGUUGAUACUGGCAUGUGCUGUAAUUGUCCUUAAUGGCAAGGUGUGUGUCACGGCCGCAGUGUUGUAUGGUGCCCACUUUGGUCCAUGUUAGCAUCAAGCUGUGGUAUGAAGGCUCAUAAUUACAUGCUGGUACCGUGUAGAUUGGUCCUUCUAAUGACUGAAAUGUGAUGAAGGGGAGGGGAAUUGAAGUCGUGGCUGGUGGUCCACAUGGCCUUUCAUUAUUCUCAUUCCUGGGAUAUAUUUGCCAAGUUUUUUGGCCAUGGUGUGAAGCUUGUGCGUAGUAUAUUUCCUUUAUACUGCCAUGCCUUGUUGGCUAUUCUUGUUGAUAGCAUGGCUAUACGGUAGUUAGAAAGGCUUUUGUACACUCUCUUUUUUUUUUUCUAAAGGAAGUUGCACCAUUCGAGAUAUAUCAUGCCUGCCGAGAAUAACAUUCAUCUGGUUACCUCUUAGAAAAAAUCCAUGCUCACUGCAUUUCUUUCAAAAGUGCUUGGUCACACUAAAAAGGUGCAUGCAGUCAAUAACAUUAAAGCCCUUCACAUGUGGUGUUCAUAGAAGGAAGGCUAUGCACGAACAGCCAUGAUGGUUCAUUUCGGCAAGGUCAACCCAAAUUGUGCAAUUUUUUUCCCCUUGAGAGUGUAGGUUGUUCUCUCUGUUUCUCUUGAUGCUGACCAAGACAUGGCUAUCGAAGCCUGCAGGGGUUUGAAAAAAUAUCAUUUUGCGCGCUUUUCAUGAACUUCAUCUGUGUUGUGUGAGUGUAAGUAACGUGCUGUAACAAAAGUGUAAGAUUGUUAUAUGCUUGUACAUAAAAUGGUAUGUAAAUUCACGCUAUGUGCACGGUUGUGGUGCGAGUGCCUUACCUCGACGUAAAAGUGACUACUCGUGACGAAGGUUCUGUUCUUGUAACAUAGAGACAGUUGUGCAUAUUAAUGUUUAUACACUAUUUAGAGCAGUUUACACACUGCCGUGGGACCAUGCUUACAGGCAGGUCAGUAUUGACAAGACCUCGCCAAAUGCUGUGAUCCUGAAUGCUUGUGCUGCGGUGUACAGAUAAAACACUUCAUGUAAACAUGUAAAGACGUUCGAAGACUGCAAGUGUGGCCAACCCACUUCAGAUCGCUUUUUUACUGGGGCGUGUCGUUACUUGCAGACUAAAAUGUGCACCAUGCUCAAAGGAAGUUUCGUUGUGAUAUACAAGACAUAUUUUUAUAGGUGAGCACAAAUGCUACGGCACCCACAAAGAGCUGUGCAUCGUAUCAUGUAUAUGGCAGAUUGUCUACACCCAAUCCAUGUUGCAGUAUGUUGUUGAGCAUAGCGGUGUCUAGUACGUCAAAGGUCUCUCUAUUUCAUUUGUUAUCCUGCUAAAGCAUGGAGUACAAGGCACAAGCCGCGGGACUCCUCUGCCAGCUUAGUUAAUUGAUUUUACCUCACUUCAUUUGGCAGGUAACGAGUUUGAUUUCGUUUCUUGCCCUUGGCUUGUCACAUGCGUGCUUUAUUUUCAUUUGCUGGAACAUCUCGCUGCAUGUCGCACAGCACAUCUACUUGCUGCAACUCCUCUCGCUGUGCUGGGAACCGCAAGGGACCCCCUCUUUUGUUUCAUCUCUACUAAAGCUUUAUAAGUGCAAAUGAAAGCCUCAUUUUACCGAAGGGUGGCAUCAGAUGCCACAUUUUUCAGCAGGACAUGUACUUCAUAGUGGGACAUUGCUCAAUGCUGGCAUAUGCUGUGUCCGUUUAUAGUAGAUAGCUUAGAUUCAUUAAUGUGCCAGGACCAUGCCGGUACAAAUAAAAUGAAUCUGUUGUUUUUAUCAAG